AUGGUUACAAGGAGAAGGAAUGAUGUUUGGACUAUUGUGGAAAGACAAAAUCAUACUAAUGUAAUUGGCACUAAAUGGAUUUUCAAAAAUAAAAGUGAUGAGUUUGGAACAAUAAUCAGAAAUAAAACACGUCUAGUUGUACAAGGUUACACGCAAAUUGAAGGUCUUGAUUUUGAUGAAACUUUUGCGCCUGUAGCUAGGCUUGAAUCUAUAAGAUUAUUGUUAUUUGUUGCUUGCACUAUUGGUUUCAAAGUGAAGCAAACUGAAGAGGGUACUUUUGUAUCCCAAAGUAAGUAUGCAAAAAAUAUGGUUAAAAAUUUUGGUCUUGAAACAUCAAAGCAUGCUAAAACUCUAAUGGGGACCACAACCAAAUUAACCAGGGUUGAAAAUGGUGUCAAAGUUGAUCCCACACUAUAUAGAAGUAUGAUUGCUAGUCUUCUAUAUCUUACAACUAGUCGACCUGACAUAUGCUAUAGUGUUGGAGUCUGUGGUAGGUAUCAAGGGAAUCCUAUGGAAUCUCAUGUCAUUGUUGUAAAAAGAAUUAUUCGUUAUGUACAUGGGACUGUUGAUUAUGGUCUUUGGUAUUCUAAUGAAACUAAUUCUAACCUUGUGUGCUUUAGUGAUGUCGAUUGGGCAAGUAAUGCAGAUGAUAGAAACACAAGUGGAGGAUGCUUCUACCUAGGCAACAAUCUUGUUCCAUGGCAUAGCAAAAAUCAUAAUUCAAUAUCUUUGUCUACUGCUGAAGCUGAAUAUAUUGCUACUGACUUCAAUCGUUGUGGAUGA